UAGCGCAUGCGGAGUAAACGAGUCACACGCCGGUGGCGAAACGGCCUUUCUACGCCUCGGAGCGUGCUAAGGGCCUACAAAUGCCCGCCUUGGCAUCUUGGAUGGGCGUCGAAGACCAGCUGGGCCACCCUGGCCAAUCCAUUGAAACGCCUUACUCUACUUUCUCAACACAACCGUGCUACUCGGUUGUAUUACUUCUACUCACGCUACUCACGUUGUCAACUUUACUCAGCAACUCUUUAUUGCUUCUUGUAACUCUACUAAGCCAACGGAAGCGGCGGGGAGUCGACCAUUUGGCUAUUAUCAAUUUAUCUCUUAACGGUGUACUGGCUUCUUUGUUUGUAAUGGCGCCCUCCCUCGCAAACAUCUAUGGACACUCAAAUGUGAUUGGUUCAUACUGCAAAGUGUUAGGAUUCUUUACAUCUUUGCUUCUGUUCAACAGCGUGAUAACUUCCCUUCUGAUAACAACAGAGAGAUUUGUACAGGUUGCAUGGCCUUUAGCAACGCAUCGGGAUCGGCGUUCUUCAGGUCUGAGUCUUCGAGCCGGAGCUGCCAUAUCUCUCUUAAUAGGCUGGAUGGUUUCGUUAGCAAUCGCCGUGGUGCCUCUAACUAGCCAUGGUCCCCCUUCGUUCACCUUCGAUCCUACUUCACUUCAUUGUUGGCACGAUUUGCGAGAUCGACAACCUGCUUCACGCAGCUAUGUCAUUAGCGCUCUUGUGCUGGGCGUCGUCUUUCCCACAGCAGGUAUUUUAGGCAUCCAUAUGCUAGUGUACCGUGUUGCCCGACGUGUCGAGCGUUGUGAAAUGGCAAGACGAGCACUUAUCCCGAUACCCAAUUGUCCACAAGCUACUCGUCGGCCGAUUUUUUCCAAAGCAGCAAAGACAUUACUUCUAGCAGCAACAGUUUUUGUUAGCUUUAUUAUGCCCGAAACCCUAGUGCAGCUCAUAUAUAUCACGACCUACUACAAGCAUCAGGACGAACAUUUGGAUUCGCCAGUUAGUUAUAGAAUCGCUUGUCUCUGGGUGUCGUUUAUGGGCUACGUACUCAAUCCAAUGUUAUACGGUCUACUGAAUCGCAAUCUUCGUAAGCAAGUAGUUUAUCUCUUGAAACUUUCACCCCCCGGAUCGGCACCACGAUCACCCUUUAUCGCCGCAAUACUUCGUCGAUCGGCAACAUUUCGUUCAAGCAAUUCCAAUCUUAGCCGCUUAUCGGUAUCACCCAUCUUCAAUAAGUCAAAUCGACAGAUCAGGCGCUGCGGAUCGCUUCCCCAGUUAACGCAAUGGAACACAGUUUCGGAUCAACCUUCACCGGACGCAAUUUCAUUCCGUUCGCAGAGUCGGAGUAUUUGUGAUAGCUACUACCUUACAGUGCAAAGUCUACCAGCUCGAUUUGGAGAAGACAACGUUUGAUAAAUAGGGAGCCUCCUAUUCAAAAUAUUAAAAUGAACAGACGAAAAUAAGUAUCACCUGAGAAAAAGGAUACAAAAUGGACAAAAUUUUUGAUAUUAUUAUCACCAUGAAUUAAUUCCUCAGAAAAAAUACUUUGCCAAUUAAUUUAAUUAUAAAGUCCGGGCAGUUUUAACCAAAAAAUAGAAUGUUUAAGAAACUUCUAGAAAAGCCUAAUCGCAAAUGUAAAUAGCUGCAUAGAUGCUAGUCCUAUUCAUAAAGCUAGAUGUAAAUAGGAAUGAAAUAGAUUCUUGAAAGAAUAGCUGGUGGAAUUGUCUUUUAAAAAUAGGAUCAGAAUGUAGGUUUUAGCUUGUAUAGAAGAACGUUAGCGUAUGAAAAGUCCAGUGGGCGGAAUAGGCUCAACUGUACUUGAUAAAGUAUAUAUUAAUAAACAUGGUUAUUCUAAUAAAUUAAAGAUUGAAGAUCAACUCUAAAUAGAUUGUUUAGAGAAAGAACAAUUUUUUCAUUACUUCGUUGACGCGAUUCCAAUGUUGUAAUCAUCUUGGUAUUAUCAGUGUGCACAGAACGUACGAUACUUCGACUGAUAUGAUUUAGCUCACGUUUAGAUGCGGCCGUUCUACGUGGCCUGAAAUGUGUCAGGUGCCUAUUUUUUGCAAAUUCCCACAACCAUAUGAUUUAUGAUCUUAUAUUGAAAAUGGAUUAUGUCUUUAGCGGGUGUAUUUCAAUAUCGCUGGAGUAACGCCUAAUUAAGCACUAACAUCAGUCAACUGAUGCAGACAUUUCACUUAUAUGAUGUACGGAGAUAACCCACUAAUUAAGAAAGUGAAAUAAUAGAGAGUGGGCCAAUUUAUAAAAAUCUUCUCAUAUUUUUAGUAUGUGGGAUAUUAUAUUGAUUUCGUAUUAUUCACUUUUACCAUUUUACAGUGGCAAAUAGUUCUAGUACGUAAAAGCAAGUCUAAAACUAAUUGUAAUAAACAGAAUAUUAUGGAGCAACUGGAUGAAGUACUGAAUUAUUAUUCAUAAUCAAAAUACGUGCCUUAAAAAACUAUCACUGUUUAUUUAUUCAAUCUGCAACUGAAGAAACACUUCCAUUCAACUUGCACUAGAUGUAUACUACGAAAAUGACAAACUACGAAGUUAAGUUUGUCCAGUGGCCACCAUAUUUUUUUCCAUUCAGAUCAUUUUUACCCGCUUAAGACAUUGCUCUAUGAAUGUACAUUUUCUGUGACAGAAUUCUUUUGUCAGCUCGGACAUAAAUUCAUGACCAGUAUUACUAUAGUCUUAUUUAAGCUUACUUACCAAAUUAUAGAUGGCUGUUAAUGAUACAAAAAGGACGUUGUAAACUUAACCUUAGCUGCAACUUUUUUAAGCAGGUAUGUCACACAGUCAGAUCAAAUACUCAGUGCGAACAAGGAACCGGUAAUCCACGGUUGUAAACCAAUCCUAAAUAUUCACAUGGGCCCCGCAAAAAAUAUACUAUUUGGACCUACAGUUGCAUGUCUGGAUGUUUAGUUGUUUUAGUGGCAAUGUAGUUUUGGCGCUUUAGGGGAGAUGUUUUUUGUAGCUAGACCCCUAAUGCAUGAACUUCAUGAAAAAACUCAGCCAAUCGAUAGAGGUGCGAUGCAUAACGAAACACACAGACAGUUCUCGAACGCAAUGCAAGCACGCAUUAGAUGUACUAUAUUCAUAAGACUAG